UAUAGAAUUAAUAAUGAUAUGUCUGCGAUAAAUAUUUAAAAAAGGCAAUCUAUAAAUGUGGUGUAAUUGGUGUCAUACAAGUAGUAGUGAAUAUAAAUUCGAAUUGCUAAGUUGUAUCAGUAACGGAUAAAAAGGUUUCACUAGCAAUGAACAAAGUUGAUCAGGCUACAAUCGAUUUAGAUGAAGAAUCUGGUAUACAGGCCAGGUAUAAAGAUGACAAGGAGGAUAUCGAAAUUGAAAUAGUGGAAGAAAAGCCACCAUUUUUGUCUGGUUAUGACAGAACUCUGCAUGAAUUCUCACCGGUAUGUAUAGUUAAAAAUCCUAAUGGUUCAUUGGCCCAAGCUGCUAUGAUGCAAUUGACUCUUUCAAAAGAGCGUAUGGAGCAGAAAAUGUUACGAGAACAGAAUAUGGGUCUUAUAAAAACUUCGAUUGACACUUUGCCAGAUGGAGAUUCCAGCCACAUGGAGGUGCCAGAAUGGAAGAAAUAUGUUAUUGGUGGUAAAAAAUCAUCCUUUGGCAAGAAAACUGAUAUGUCUCUGGUCGAACAACGUCAGUCUCUGCCCAUCUAUAAGAUGAGAGAUGAUCUGAUCAAAGCCGUGGCUGACAAUCAAAUUUUGAUAGUUAUUGGUGAAACGGGUUCUGGAAAAACUACACAAAUAACACAAUAUUUAGCAGAAUGUGGUUUUACUGCUCGGGGAAAGAUUGGCUGUACCCAACCUAGGCGUGUGGCUGCUAUGUCUGUGGCCAAGAGAGUUGCCGAAGAGUUUGGUUGCCGCUUAGGUCAAGAAGUUGGCUACAGUAUACGUUUUGAAGAUUGUACAAGCCCAGAGACGGUUAUAAAAUACAUGACAGAUGGUAUGUUGUUGCGAGAAUGCCUCAUAGACAAUGAAUUAAAGGGCUAUUCAGUCAUCAUAUUGGGUGAGGCCCAUGAACGUACCAUACACACAGAUGUAUUGUUUGGUCUGCAAAAAACUGCCGUACAAAAACGGCCCGAAUUGAAGCUUAUUGUCACAUCGGCCACUUUGGAUGCUGUAAAGUUUUCGGAAUAUUUCUUAGAGGCUCCCAUUUUCACCAUACCCUGUCACACAUUUCCCGUUGAAGUGUUGUAUACUAAAGAGCCGGAAACUGAUUAUCUAGAUGCUUCGUUAAAUAAGGUCAUGCAGAUACAUUUGAAAGAGCCACCUGGUGAUAUUUUGCUGUUCUUGACGGAUCAAGAGGAAAUCGAUAUGGCUUGUGAAAUUCUAUAUGAACGCAUGAAAUCUAUGGGACCUGAUGUUUCCGAAUUAAUUAUACUGCCCGUCUAUUCUGCUCUAAACUUUGAAAUGCAAACUAGAAUUUUUGAUCCCACAUCACCAGACAGUCGCAAAGUUUUUAUAGCUACAAAUAUUGCAGAAACUUCGCUAAUAAUAUAUGGUAUAUUCUAUGUAGUAGAUCCAGGAUUUUUGAAGCAGAAAGUUUACAAUUUUAAAACGGACAUGUAUUCUUUGGUGGUAACACCUAUAUCACAGGCCGCCGCUAAACAACGUGCUGGCCGCGCAGGAUAUACUGGACCAGGCAAAUGUUAUCGCUUGUACACCGAAAGAGCCUAUCUCGACGAAAUGAUGCCCACGCCGGUGCCCGAAAUUCAACGUACAAAUUUGGCAACCAUUGCUUUGCAAUUGAAAGCUUUGGGUAAUAAUGAUUUGAUGCAUUUCGAUUUCAUGGAUGCCCCUCCGGUAGAAGCUUUGGUAAUGGCUUUAGAACAAUUACAUUCCCUGUCGGCUUUAGAUGAUGAAGGUUUGCUUACUCGGCUGGGACGCACAAUGGCUGAAUUCCCUCUGGAACCAAAUCUGUCAAAAAUGUUAAUUAUGUCGGUGGCUUUACAAUGUUCGGAUGAAAUUUUAACUAUUGUCUCCAUGUUGAGUGUUCAAAAUGUUUUUUAUCGACCCGAAGAUAAGCAGAACAAAGCCAAAUUCAAUCAAAUCGAAGGUGAUCACUUGACACUCUUGGCAGUCUAUAACAGUUGGAAAGAUAAUAAAUUCUCAAAUGCCUGGUGCAACGAGAACUUUGUGCAGAUUAAAGCUCUUAAACAUGCUGAAGAUGUGCGCAAACAAUUGUUGGGUAUUAUGGAAAGGCAUAAACUGGACAAGGUAUCGGCCUGUAAGAAUUAUGUGCCCAUACAAAAAGCUAUUUGUUCGGGUUUCUUUCGUAAUGCUGCCAAAAAAGAUUCCCACGAUGGUUAUCGUACUCUAGUGGGCUCUCAAUUGGUCUAUAUACAUCCUUCAAGUGCUCUCUUUAAUCGUCAACCUGAAUGGGUUAUUUACCACGAACUGGUACAGACAACAAAAUGUUAUAUGCGUGAGGUAACAACUUGUAAUCCCAAAUGGUUGGUAGAGUUCGCCCCCUCCUUUUAUAGAUUUCGGAUCUAAUGAAAUUAAGUAAAUUCUAAAAGAAUCAACGUUUGGAGCCGUUGUUUAAUAAAUAUGAAGAGCCUAAUGCAAGGAA